ACGAAAUAAAGACGAUGACCUUAAAAGCUUUGGUGGUUCUUGCUGUCCUAACUUACACUAAUAGCCAACCUCGGGAGAUUGGAACGAAUUCACAUUAUCAAAAGAGAAUAUACCCUGGAAGCGUAAAGGAAAGAUUAAAGACACCGCCUCUGCCAAUGCCCGGCUUCGAUCUUCAAGCAUGGAGCGGCCAGUGGUAUUUUCAGUACCAUAAAGCUCCGUGUAGCUGGGCUGUAUCCGAGGAGUUCUCAGAUUAUACCCAGUUCACUGAGUUGCAUGGAAACGUAGCUUUAUACCACGAAACUAUGAGGAAUCAUGACUUGUGUAAUUCCGUUACAUCAUCAUUACGCAUUACUGGCCCUGGCACUUUUAUAGGCAAUGACCCUGUUGGCGACAAUUGGAGUGGAAAAGUAAUCGUGGCAGACACGGACUAUAAAACUUAUUGUAUUACCUGGGGAUGCACAAAAUGGUCAGCUUUUUAUAAUACAUGUGAGGAUCCUUGGAUAUACAUUAAAACAAGACAGAUGAACCCUCAUCGAGAAGUACUGAGGCGCAUAGAAAUGGCCCUUUAUAAGCUAUGGGGUAUCUCUAUUAACCAGCUGACGAGAAUAAUUCACGGAAGACCUUGCUCAGCCAGAGGGAAACUGGCCUACUGAGUUAGCGGAAAACAACAGCAAAUGGAGUGACAUGACAGCUUUUGAAUCGACGUACUUGUAACUGAUAAAAAUGUGAAAUGUAUGAUUGCGGUUUGGCUAUGAUCAAUGUUUUUACCCUUUUGGUGAAAAGACAUAAAAUAGUUUUGUACCCGUUAUUGGGAGUAUUGUUAUUUAAUUUUAGAUCUAGAGCCAAAACAAAGUGCUUUCUUUAAAAAAAUAAGUUUGUUCACAGAUCCUGACUGAUCCAUCACAUUAAAUUUAAUUGUCUCGGGUCCAAAUCAUUUUGAACGUAAAUUCUUUAGUACGGCAGUCAGAUAUUCUAUCAAAAUGCAUAUAUUCAAUUAAAAAAAUGUUUAGCUUUUCAAAUAAGUAGUGUAGAUAUAAAAUAAUUUCUGUCGUAUUGUAACCCCAAUUUUCCCUGUUUGUAUAUUAAUUGGCUGUGAAUUGAUUGAAAGAAAGAAAUUGAAAAAACAGACCUUCCCAACUCAAAAUUUCUUGGUCAAUCAAAGCACAACAAAUAACACUUUUAAGUGUGGUCAUAUUUGGAUACUUUUUUGUCCGUCUGUUAUCAUUUUUGACUGAAAUGAACCUCUACCACAAAAACUUGAGCUAUCCUGAUUUGUUAAGAAAUUAUUCCAAUGGGAUUCGAGCAAUGUCGAAGCAUUUGUGUGCCCAACUCCGUUUGGUCUCAUUGGUCAGUGAUUUAUUACUUUCCCCUCACCUCUACCGGUUGGAGUUUUACUAGGGGCACAAAGUUGCUCAUGUGUCGAAGCCAUCUAACUGGGUUUCAGAAGAUAUGUUAUUCCACAUGGGUGCCCGUUUUGUCUUAAAUAUUCCUCACCAUCCUCUGCCGAUAAAUGGGCACGCCUUCAGAUUAAUGUAGAACAAUCAAAAUUAAAAAUAAGACACUCAUCCCUUAGUAAUUAUAAAUACAAAAUAAAAACAAACUGAUUCAGUGAGUUUUGGCAAGAAUUUAUUUGCAAAACCAUUCAUGUAGUCUUUAAAACAUAUAGAAAAGCUAUCUACUGUGUUAGUCACACUGUAAAUGUUUGAUUUCUGUGUUAUUCUUAAAGAAAUGUUAACUUCAUGUAUAAUCAUAACUGG